AUGUCGGCAUUCUCUGAUCCUCGACUUCACCCGCAUUGGGUACCGGUAGAUGGAACAUUAUCCAUGAAGUCUGGUAGACCAACAACACGCCAUGACUACGGUAAGGUCAACGAGAUAGGAUUCGGAGAUGAUGACACUGGAAAUCCUUCCGAAAAUUCGGACAACCAAGAUGGCGCUACCGCCAUUUCUACCGCCGUUUUCAGCCCAGUGAAAAAUAAGAAGGAUGAGACUUUGGCUCUUCUGCAAAGCCAGUUACAAUCGUUGGAUCAAGAAGAGGAGGAGUUGAGGAAGGAUGCAGAAAUUACAAAAUUGCAGAAAAGGAUCGAGCAGAAGAAAAAGUCAGUAGCAGAUUUACGAGUUUCUCACAUAAACCAACUCAGGAACCCGAAAGUGAAGAGGUGUCUAAGUCUGUCUGACUCUAUGGCUAAACAUGUAACUGACAUUCGUGAAACAGACAUACGGUCUUAUCCUGGGAUAACUAUUGGACAUUUAACUUCUAAGAUCAUGAAGGGUUCAAUAAAUUUAAAUUAUGAAAAUAUUGUUAUUCAUGUAGGUACUAAUGAUGUCAAUAACUUUUCUUCGGGUGAAAUUUCCUCUCUGUAUUCUAACUUAAUCACUGCGGUCAAGACCUUCACAGAUAGUUCUGUCACAAUAUACUUGUCCUCUAUCUUGCCUAGACCAGUAGAUUUCUCAGAAACAGGACCGAAAGUCAAAGAGAUAAAUUUAUCUCUUGAAGCCAUUUGUAAGGAUAGGAAGAUUAAGUUUCUAAAAUCUUUUCGUCCCUUUCUCAAAGCCAAUCAGCCUCGUAGAGAGCUUUACGCCAUCAAAGAUGGCGGCUUACAUCUAAAUUUAGAGGGUACUAGAAGGCUAAAGCAUUUUUUAUAAACACAGUAGCACAUAUGUAAACACUAUAUGAAUGGAAGGUUGUAAUAUAGUCUUGUUAGAAUUGUUACUCAGUUAUAAUUGUGUAUCUGUGUAUUCUGUAAGUUGUUCUA